GCUGCAACUUAAACUGUUUACUGAGGUGAGCAGCAAGAAGUACAGAGUGAAGGAUAUAGCUUCCGUCAUAUGUUUGUGAAAUAAGCAGACUAGCUCACGUAAAAGUGUUUCGCUUGACAACCAAACCAUACGCAAUGUCUGUGCCUGGGGAUAAAUCCUCGCCUAUUCCACAUAGUCAAGUGAAGACUUUCGGUUUCGGUUUUCGCGCUAUGAGAAAUAAACCUGAGAUUAUACCUCUGGUGACAAUUCUGACCACUGCGUGUGUAGGAGUAGCCGCUUACUGUGUUUAUGCCUUGUCACAAAAGAGUGACGUAAUAAUCAAUCGAAAAAAACUGCCACCAUGGGAAAGAGUAGACCCGGAGACUCCGCAAAAGCUCUUCACAGUACACCAGGAGUACAAGAAAAUUCCAGAAUUGGAAGCCCUGAAGAAAGAAAUAGGGAGCAGUUAAACGAUAGUUAUGCAUACAUACCAAAAGCUAAACCUGUACACAGGUCAUCUAAGUGUUAUUAAUAUAUGUGGUUGUUCAUCUUGAUUUAGUAAGCUUCGAGUUGAAUAUUCUUCAGAUUUUUUUUGUUUCUCAGCAUUACAAGUUAGGGCGCAAGUUUUAUAAUCUCAAUUAUCUCAGCAGUUCAAGAUAGAAAUUUCAGCUCAGUAUAUGAAAUGUAGCGGACUGCAAGGCAACUUAAUUGUGAGUAUAUAUAUCUGUGUAAUAGCUUUUGGUUUCUGAUUUAUUCUAAACUUUAAGCUUUAAAAAUCAGUAUUUAACGUUGAUUGUAUUGGCCUCACCUAGUAUGUGAGACCAGAUUUGUGAUGUUUGUUAUAUGAGAAACGCAAUAAAUUUUUGUUUGACUGCAGAGUUA